UUUAACAUUAUGGAAUUUCCUGUUGUAUGACAUCCAACCAGCCAAAUUCAUUUAAAAUUGUUUGUCCAUUUGCGCUUCUCUGUUACAGCUCUAGAGCCAUUGUCCAUUAUCAUGUGAAUGCUAUAGCAAGAAAGGAUCCAUAAAUAUAGCUUGUGGUAAUAUUGUAGGAUCUUUAUCAGAUUUGUCAGAGACACCACAUGUUCUCACCUUUACUAACAUCACAUUUGACGAAAGAGUUAUUUUCGGAUCUAGUUUGAAUUUCAUCGCAUUCAAUCAUUUGAUUAUAGAGAGCUGUGGUGGAUCAACUCAAGCUACAAUCAAUCGCCGUGAUCGACUUAUUGUUGAUGAUGAUGCUUACACUGAUAUUCCGUAUGAAAAAUCUUUGAGCGUUACUAAUAACACAACAUAAUAGUCACAACAUCCAUCAGAAUGGAAAUGGACAUAAUUUUAAACAAAUCCUAAUUGAAAAUUCAAACUCUAUUUGCUUUCCAUUUACCCAUUUUGACUGGUAAAUUUGUUGUUAAAGUGAUCGGACCCAAUGUAACUUCAUCAAGCCUCAAUGGAUGUAAAAUAACUUCAAUUCAAUCAGGGGCAUUGAACAAUCUUGUCUGCCUUAGAUACUUGGAAAUCACCCGAAAUGAAGAACUGUCAAUACCAAGAGAAUUACCUGAACAAAUAAUAAACCUAGUACUUGGACUUGAGUGACAAUAGUUUUGAAUAUAUUGAACUCAAUAUGUUUAAAGGAAAUCGAUUGUCUUGUCAAAAUCUUGGCCUCUUAAACUUGGUGCAUUAAAUUACCCGUUUGCCUAUGAAGAUACCGAUUAUGAUUGAAACAAUGGAAACCUAACAAAAUUGUUUAACCAUAAAGAACAGCAAUACUCUGUAAUCAUAACAAACUGAUUGAUUGAAUCGCGACAACAACAGCUAAUUUACGAAUAAUAGCUUAAAUAACAUCUGACUGCAUGCAGAUAUUAAACGUUGACAUGUUAAACCGUCAAUUAGAUGUCAUUUAAUCAGUUGCUGGUUUUGCAGAAUUUUCCUCGCAUCUUCUCUUUUUUUCAACAACAAAAAGCACUAACAUUUUGUACACCUUUAAUGUUGUUGUUAAUAAUAACUCGAAAGCAAUAGUGGGAAUUACAAGACUGCCUUCAACCCGAACCUGGUUUACUCUCGAACCGGACUUGACUGAUUUCAACUAAUAAAAAUUAUUAAGAAGACAAGAUCCUUUCAAGGUUAUCUCACAAGGACAUAACUAGGCCUAUGGUAGCUAAUACCAUAGAAAUAUAAACCAUACACUUCAAGGUUUUGUAUUUUGCUUCAUGUAACAAACUUCAAAAUUAAAACUAAAUAUAUUCUUAUUAAUGUACGUGAUUACAUUGAAAUUAACAUUGCUAUAUUUUAUUCACUUCUUUACAUUGUCUCAAUGAAACAAUUUAACACCAGCAACAUCAGAAAAUUUGUUGAAAAAUAACAUCGCAGGAUCAAUGUUAAAACAAAGUGAAACUCAAAUAAACGUUCAACUUAUUCCGUUUCAAUAUUUCAACUCUUGAUUUUCUUCUAAAUUCUUGUGAAUCCUGUGUUUAUGAUCAAGUAAUUGUCUCUAGUAAUUAAGCUGUGUUUCAAAUCAAAAAGUCUGGUCUUUUAAGUUUCAGUUUUUAAAUCAAUUGGUGAUUAUAUGUGGAAUCACGUGGUUGAAACUAUUGGAAACGUUAUUUAUCAGCAGUUUUCAAUCAGCCUUUUUAUCAAGAAAUGAACAAGUGCUUGUGCUCUAAAAAUGUCAACGAUGAUGAGCCCAUUUGGUUUGCCGGAGAAACGACUGGCAGUAACAACAGCGUCAAGUGGAACAACAACAAGUAUGAUGUUACAAGGACACGGUGAUGUUUCAACAAGGCUAUCAUUCGAUGGAAACCAUUUAGCCUUAGCUUCUAUUUCUGCUACUAACAAUACCUCAAAUUACCUCCAACAGCUUGAUGAGAGUGCAUCUGUUGUUAACGCUGCUAAUAAUAGUGUUGAUUUAAAUCUACGAGGAUGGAAUCACCAACGAAGUCAACCUAUUGAUCAGCAGCUUUCAUCUUCAUCUCAUGGUUUAUCUUCUACAAUUUCACAUCCAUCUACUCUUGUGAAAAGAGAAAGCAAAUCUGAAAUCAUUCAUUCUGGUCAUUUUAUGGUUUCUCAGAUUGAUGACCAACAAGAUGAUGUAAAUGAGGUUGAACAGACCAGUGAUUUUAAAGAAACUUCUGUUGUUCCAAUCUGUGUUGAUUCCAUCCAGCCAGAAGUUGCUCCUAAAUCGCGUUAUCCAGUUUACUUUUCUCCAGGCAAAACAUUCGCGCCAAGACGAUUUGUUGACGAGGGACUUAGCAAAUUGUUUGAAUGCAUGAGUUUAGCUUAUAGCGGAAGCAUAACUUCACCCAAAUGGAAAACAUUCAAAGGAUUACCGUUAAAACUUAAAGAUAAGAUCCGAUUGAACAAUAUUAUUUGGAGAGCAUGGCAUAUUCAAUAUAUUAUCGGUCGUGAUCCUAGAGUAUGCCAAUUUUCAUCGCCUUCUGACCACGAGUCCCACAACAAGGCUGAAGCAGUUAUUCUUGAAGGUAAAUACUGGAAACGAAGGCAUACUACUGUGAUUGCUGAGUACCAUAAAUGGCGCGCAUACCAUAAGCACACGCUCAGACCAAGACCUCCUAGACGCUCUUUCUCUGAUUAUCACGAUGGCCGAUGGAAUGAGUUUUUCUCCAAUCAAGAUUUGAACAAUUUAAGUGUUGACGACGAUUUUGCGAUGGAUUUUUCCGAUAAUCUUUUGAAUUCCUUGGUACCUCCUAAUGUGAUUGACUUCCCUAAUCCUAGGGAAAUAGCACGGUCAGGUAUGGGGGCUGAAUUCAUACAACCUGGUCUUACUCAAUUGCAACCUUGUCUCGAUGAUUUCAUGGAACCUCUAUCAGAUUUUUUGUUGAGCAGAGUAUGUAUAAUGCCACCGUUGCCCGAGGAGUCAACAUCAGAUAAUCUCAGGGACAAUUGGAAAAUAUUUGAUAAACAACCGCGAUUCGGAGUCGCGUCCAACCCUGUCAAUUCUGAUUACAUGCAAAUGUCGUAUGGAGAUAUGCUGGAUGUAUCUAAUAAUGGUUCAAAUAGUUCAGGUGUGAUUAAAAGCUUCAAUGCGAACCAAGGAAACUCUAAUGCAACAACUGUAAUUCAAGUCGCUGAUUUACCUCAACAAAACAUUGUCCAACAAGGAUUAUCGUCAAAUCAUCAGACAAAUUCAACGCCAGCUCAACCUCAGUCUUCAAAUGUUACAGUAAUCAGUCAUGUUACCAGUGGUGGAAGUACACUGGAUUUAAAUCAGAUUAAUCCUCUUGAAUCUGUUAGCCUGCAAGUCCAAAAUAGCGGUUUAAACAAUAAUAUGCCAUAUUCAACUCAAUCACAAUCUAAUUUAAUUAAUAUGCCUGUAUCAGCGCAUAAUGUUACAUCAACUAAUUCAUUGGAAUCGCAAAAAGGUAGAGCUUUUGGUAGCUAUGAUUGUAUCAUGAGUAUGAAUUCAAUGAAUUCAAAUUUUGGUAAAUCGGAUCAAACAGCAAUUUCACAGGCAAAUUGUUUACGUUCAGAAACGGUUACAGAAACAAACCAAUCAAGAGGCUCAGUGGAGGAUCAUUUUAUGUAUCCUAAAAUGCCAACAAGAUCACCUCGCAACCGAUCGCGAAGUGUUUCAACACCACACAUGGUCUAUAAACCUCAAACUCAACCUCAGCCACAAUCACAAUCUAAACAGAUCCAGCAAACCCCUGUUACCCCACCGGCAGCUAUAAAUGUGAAUGAUCAUCAGUCAAACAAGAGUACAACUCUCGGGCCAAUGGAGCGAUCAAUAUCGUUACCAGUUUACUCGCAACGGCGAAAUGCCAUUGGACCACUCUUAAAUGCUCAAUUAAUGCAACAAAGCCAGGUCAAUUUUUCUUCAACAAACCUUGCAGCUCUUCGAGGGGGAAAUAACCUUCAAUUUACGCCAGAUUCUUUCAAUAAUAAUCAUCUAGCUCCUGGAACUUCUUCAAUCACUCCUGAGUUAACCUCUCACAUGACUGGCUCAUACUCUUCUGAACCCUCUAUGAAUGUUACACCAUCAGGUAACAUUGGUUCAAACCAAAUAACUGCUAACACUGCCACGUCAUCUGAUUUUACCUCUGACUCGAACAGUCUUAUAGCUCAAUUGUUGUGCAACACUGGAUCACCUGCAAAUACAAAUUUAAUAUCUGCUACUAAAAGCUCCAAUGAUUAUGAAAAGGCUAGCGGAGUUAUUCAAAAUCAUCAUCAUCACCAUCAUCACAAUCAACACCAACAACAACAACCACUCCACUUGUAUUCAUCCCAUCCAUCUCUUCAUGGAAACAUGCUCAAUUAUCCUAAUAGUAGACAAUCUGGUAAUUUGAUGUCUUCCAAUUCUGGAGAUGGUAUUGGGCCAACUCGUCCAUUUCGAGGUAGAAUUAGCGGUCGAUUAAGUGAUCCUGAGCCACCAAGAGGACUUCUUGCCGGUCUUAAGGAAAGAGUUCGUAAAAUAUCUUCCCCAACUAUUUCACCUCCUCCUUUACUAGGUUCCGCUUAUUCACCAAGCUCUAGGGAUUCCAAUUCAAGCACUCCAUUGGCCUCUCCUCAAUCAAUAGUAACUGUUGGUUCACCUUCGAUACCUUCCACUCUUUCAUCCAUCAAAACUAUUAAACUAAAAUCGGAUACCGAUAAACUAAAGUACAAAGAGCACCGUCGAGUUUGUCACAUUAAUGCUGAACAAAAGCGUCGAUGCAACAUUAAAAAUGGUUUUGAUACUCUUAGAACAUUAUUGCCUGCAAUUAAUCAGAAUGCCAAUACAAAGAUAAGUAAGGCAGCCAUGUUACACAAAGCAGCUGAAUAUAUAAGAACCAUGAAAUCUGAAAGGCAUCAAAGACAAGAGGAAUGUGAAAAUUUAAGGCAACAGAUAGAAACUUUGAAUCAAACUAUCGGAGUAUUUCAAAGUCAACUGCCUGCAACUGGAGCACCUAUUUCAUGUCAAAGAGUUGGCCAAGUCAAGGAACAAUUUGACAGUUAUGUCAAAGAUAGAACAAUGAACAACUGGAAAUUCUGGGUAUUUGGUCUGGUAAUGGAGUCUCUUUUGGAAAGUUACAUGACUACAGUCACUACAAGUGAUGUUGAUGAUAUGUGUCGAUCAGUGCUUCGUUGGUUAGAUCAAAACUGUUCAUUGGUUACCUUACGCCGAGAGGUUCUCAAUUCCUUGCGUCAUUUGAGCACAUCAACAAACAUUUUAACCAGUCCAACAACUUUACGAGAAGAGAUUUUAGAGUCUCUUAACAAAAGGCCCAACAGAACACAAUCAAAUCAAUGAUCUGAUGACGGAAUUAAAACUAGACCCCCAAUGCACCAGAGGUUAAUUGAAUCGCGUUAAAUUAAUUUUCUAACCUGUUAAAUCAAUCGAAUAAUUGUAUUUGCUAAUCUUGAAGAGCUACCUGAUGAAAGUUGAAUUUUUGGUCUUAAAAUUCACCAUCAUCAAAUAAUUUACUUGUAAUAUUUACAUGAUGUUUAAUGUUUUCAAGUUUAUAUUUUUUUUUCGGGGCGAUUUUCGUUCUUUCAACUUCAACAUUCGAAGAAAUGUUUUAUAUUAUAUGCAUAAUUGAAAUGGAAACAACAUAAAGUAAAAAUAUGCAAUCAUAGUGAAACCGUUUCAAUCAA